AUGUCUCAGGAGGUUUUCAAUGAAGGCCCAACAACUUCGCAACAUAUUGAAGCUAAGGAUGACGAUCAUUUCAAUAAGACCACGUUCAAACUGAAGAGGACCAGGUCCAUGGGUCUGCUUGAUGACUUUAUUACGCAGACCCACUCUAUAGAUACUGAUUCUAUUCCAGAUAAAGAAGGAAAAUUGAGUUCAAAAGACUUUGUUUCUGACGAGACUUUGCACAAAUUGAAUAUGAACUCAACACACGAUGAGACAGAAAAUGUGCCUCGAUUCUAUACGAGUGUCGUGCCGUCUGCUUCAAAGAGCAAAAAAACAAUUCCCUCCAACUCUCCACAGAGUUUCCAAAGUGAGGAGACAUCUGACGAAAACUGCUUUUCUGAAGACUCGCUUAGUUCUACGGGAUCGGGUAAUUCUGUCAAUCUAAUACCAAAACAUCAAUUGAGAAAAUAUCAACCUAGCAAACAGAAUGAGACUGCUGCUCCUACGCUAACUUCUCAACAGCACUUGCAUGAUGACAUUGAUAUACAGCAUUCUCCUGAACAGCAUGUCGAUUAUUUAUCCCAUAAUUGGGAUGAAUUGGAGAUAUCCAAAUCCUGGAGAUACGUAACUUUGAAGAGAAAUGAUUUUGCAAAUUCAGCAAGACUUGAGAAUGCAUCAUGGAGAACAUGGGCUCAGGCUCGAAACGGCUUGAAGACGAUAUCCCCUGCUGAACUAAACUGGAGUAAGGAAAGCGAUGUUACUUGGUUGUAUGGGCCACUUUACAAAGAGGAGAAGUACGAUUUUGAUAUAGUGGAUUUCAAAAAACAUCAGCCUAAAAAGUUACAUGAGUCGUCUGGUGGAAGUUCUAAGGAUAAUGUCGACUUGGCAACUCACAGCAAAAAUACCAGUGCAAUGAAAAAUGAUAAUGAUAGGGACAAUAAUGAGAAAGAUAAGCAUUGUGAUCAUCUGAAACCAAUAUUGAAAAAGCGCUCCAAUGUAGAAAAAAUGAUUAGUGAUGCUUCUUAUUCAAGACUUCAAAGUCUUCUCGAAGAGCACGACCAUAAAUUCAAAGGAAGUCCUGUUUUGGAACCGAUGUCGAAUUCAUUGAACUAUUCUUCUUCUCCUGCUAAUAGUUCUGCGAAUCACACAAACAAUGGCGAUGCUUCUCCAUUCACACUUUCAGCUAACCAGACAACUGAGGAUGUUCAUAAAGUGGAUGGCCACGCUCAACCGAAUUCUGUUUCGAAUAAAAAAGAGAGAAAGAUCCAUUUCAAUAUGAGAGUUGAUCAAUGUAUUGCAAUUGAUGAUGACUCAGAGUCGGACUUUUCUGCAGAUAAUGAUUAUCAAAAUGAUUCCGAUGAUGGAAGACCUCUCCAGACAAUACUACGCUCAAGAUAUGACAAUGAUGAUGAGGAGGACAUGGGUUAUGACGAGGAAGACGACGAUGAUGGAGAUGAUGAAGGAGGUUUCAUGCUACAUACAAGAGUGACCUCUCCAAACAUAUCUCACAGACCUCCUAAUUGGUCGCGAAACUCCUCCGGUGCUAACACUAGAGAUGGGUCCCCAUUGACAGGUGACAUAAAACCUAUUGCAACUAUUGCACCACUUCCUGCCACAACACUAAAAACUUGUUCCGAUGAUGAUGAGUCUGAUCCUUAUACUGUAUCGCAUAACACCAAGACCAACCGAGGGUACGAUUAUUAUUAUGAUUACAACACUGUUUACGACGACUCAACAAAUCCGUUGUAUUCUGUCGUUAAUAGCCAACAGAAUGUUCAAUUGUUUGAUGUACCGGAAAGUUGUCAAAUCGAGGACGUUAUGGAUGUCGAUGCCAAUGGACAUCCUGAAAACCUGAUUAUCUCGCCUGUUGAUACACGACCUAAAACCGAAACUGCACAUCCUCCUACGUCAUCACAGCUAGUACAUGAGGAUAUCCCUUCUCAUUUGCAAAAAUUCGUACCAAGUGAAUUAUCAGAUCAGCCCUUGCGAUAUCAGAAGCCUCAACACUCCGAAAAUAGCCCAUCAUGCUCCCAGAUCAAACGCAACACAAGUAUUGGGUAUGGUUCAUCAGAUUCGAAUUUAGCAGCUAGUCUUUCAACAACGAAGGUCGGCUUGGCCGGUUCAGAUCUUGGACAUACUGGUCUUAGAAGGAGUCUUGGUGCAGGGUCCAAACCUCAACUAUAUCAAAUGUCCGGCCAGUCUGGGGGCUCCAAGUUUUCCAUACCUGGUUCCCCGGCCUCGAUGAAUCUUGGCCGCAAGAACUUUGUUUUCAGUUCUGAUUCAGAUAGUUCGUCUUGCUCAGAUGGUGAAAUGGAAAUCAAUCCACCUCGAAGGCCAACUUCGCUGUCCCCUUGA